ACCAUUGUGAUUACUUUCUCAUCUGGGACCCCAGCCCAGAUGACUGUGGGCUCCCCGAGAGCAGAUGCGAGUUCUUCUGGCCCCCUGCAGACAGUAGGUGCUCACACUUGCUGAACGUGACCACAAGGGCUGGGAAGAGAGCGCAUGGGUGCGGGGCGACCCGGGGACUUUCCCGGUGCUGCGGGGCAGGACUCCGAAACCGUGACCUCACGUCCCACACCCACCCGGGACGCGGAAGGGGCGGCGCGCUUCCUUCCCAGGGCGCGGGCCGCGGGGUGGAGCCAGCGCCCUCAGCGCGCUACGGUCCGCGGGCAACUCCGCAGAAGCCCCAGCCCCCAGGACCCCAGGACCCAGUGGCGCAGCCGGCAGCCCCGGAUCCCUGAUCUGCUUGGGCAGCUCCUGCGGAACCUGGAACAGUGAAUGGGUAGGGGACACUGGGCGUGCAGAAGGCGGGGGGCAGUGUGGAACAUGCCUUCACCACCCCCAGCUUCUGCUGCCGGAGGCUGCACCCACCUGUGCCCAUGGCCUGCACCGGCCCAUCACUUCCUAGCGCCUUCGACAUUCUAGGUGCAGCAGGCCAGGACAAGCUCUUGUAUCUGAAGCACAAACUGAAGACCCCACGCCCAGGCUGCCAGGGGCAGGACCUCCUGCAUGCCAUGGUUCUCCUGAAGCUGGGCCAGGAAACUGAGGCCAGGAUCUCUCUAGAGGCAUUGAAGGCCGAUGCGGUGGCCCGGCUGGUGGCCCGCCAGUGGGCUGGCGUGGACAGCACUGAGGACCCAGAGGAGCCCCCAGAUGUGUCCUGGGCUGUGGCCCGCUUGUACCACCUGCUGGCUGAGGAGAAGCUGUGCCCGGCCUCGCUGCGGGACGUGGCCUACCAGGAAGCCGUCCGCACCCUCAGCUCCAGGGACGACCACCGGCUGGGGGAACUUCAGGAUGAGGCCCGAAACCGGUGUGGGUGGGACAUUGCUGGGGAUCCAGGGAGCAUCCGGACGCUCCAGUCCAAUCUGGGCUGCCUCCCACCGUCCUCGGCUUUGCACUCUGGGACCAGGAGCCUCCCACGCCCCAUUGACGGUGUUUCGGACUGGAGCCAAGGGUGCUCCCUGCGAUCCACUGGCAGCCCCGCCUCCCUGGCCAGCAACUUGGAAAUCAGCCAGUCCCCCACCGUGCCCUUCCUCAGCCUGCACCGCAGCCCACAUGGGCCCAGCAAGCUCUGUGACGACCCCCAGGCCAGCUUGGUGCCCGAGCCUGUCCCCGGUGGCUGCCAGGAGCCUGAGGAGAUGAGCUGGCCGCCAUCGGGGGAGAUUGCCAGCCCCCCAGAGCUGCCAAGCAGCCCACCUCCUGGGCUUCCCGAAGUGGCCCCAGAUGCAACCUCCACUGGCCUCCCUGAUACCCCCGCAGCUCCAGAAACCAGCACCAACUACCCAGUGGAGUGCACUGAGGGGUCUGCAGGCCCCCAGUCUCUCCCCUUGCCUAUUUUGGAGCCGGUCAAAAACCCCUGCUCUGUCAAAGACCAGACGCCACUCCAACUUUCUGUAGAAGAUACCACCUCUCCAAACACCAAGCCGUGCCCACCUACUCCCACCACCCCAGAAACAUCCCCUCCUCCUCCUCCUCCUCCUCCUCCUUCAUCUACCCCUUGUUCAGCUCACCUCACCCCCUCCUCCCUGUUCCCUUCCUCCCUGGAAUCAUCAUCGGAACAGAAAUUCUAUAACUUUGUGAUCCUCCACGCCAGGGCAGACGAACACAUCGCCCUGCGGGUUCGGGAGAAGCUAGAGGCCCUUGGCGUGCCCGACGGUGCCACCUUCUGCGAGGAUUUCCAGGUGCCGGGGCGCGGGGAGCUGAGCUGCCUGCAGGACGCCAUAGACCACUCAGCUUUCAUCAUCCUACUUCUCACCUCCAACUUCGACUGUCGCCUGAGCCUGCACCAGGUGAACCAAGCCAUGAUGAGCAACCUCACGCGACAGGGGUCGCCAGACUGUGUCAUCCCCUUCCUGCCCCUGGAGAGCUCCCCGGCCCAGCUCAGCUCCGACACGGCCAGCCUGCUCUCCGGGCUGGUGCGGCUGGACGAACACUCCCAGAUCUUCGCCAGGAAGGUGGCCAACACCUUCAAGCCCCACAGGCUUCAGGCCCGAAAGGCCAUGUGGAGGAAGGAACAGGACACCCGAGCCCUGCGGGAACAGAGCCAACACCUGGACGGUGAGCGGAUGCAGGCGGCGGCACUGAACGCAGCCUACUCAGCCUACCUCCAGAGCUACUUGUCCUACCAGGCACAGAUGGAGCAGCUCCAGGUGGCUUUUGGGAGCCACAUGUCAUUUGGGACUGGGGCGCCCUAUGGGGCUCGAAUGCCCUUUGGGGGCCAGGUGCCCCUGGGAGCCCCGCCACCCUUUCCCACUUGGCCGGGGUGCCCGCAGCCGCCACCCCUGCACGCAUGGCAGGCUGGCACCCCCCCACCGCCCUCCCCACAGCCAGCAGCCUUUCCACAGUCACUGCCCUUCCCGCAGUCCCCAGCCUUCCCUACGGCCUCACCCACACCCCCUCAGAGCCCAGGGCUGCAACCCCUCAUUAUCCACCACGCACAGAUGGUACAGCUGGGGCUGAACAACCACAUGUGGAACCAGAGAGGGUCCCAGGCGCCCGAGGACAAGACGCAGGAGGCGGAAUGACCGCGUGUCCUUGCCUGACCACCUGGGGAACACCCCUGGACCCAGGCAUCGGCCAGGACCCCAUAGACCACCCCGGUCUGCCCUGUGCCCUGUGGACGGUGGAAGAUGGGGUCAUCUGCCACUUUCAGGACAUUGUCCGGGAGCCCUUCAUUUAGGACAAAACGGGCGCGAUGAUGCCCUGGCUUUCAGGGUGGUCAGAACUGGAUACGGUGUUUACAAUUCCAAUCUCUCUAUUUCUGGGUGAGGGGUCUUGGUGGUGGGGGUAUUGCUACGGUCUUUUAAUUAUAAUAAAUAUUUAUUGAAUGCU